UGUUAGUCGUUGUCGUUGGCGACACGCCACUUAUUUCACUGUACAAUCAAUUUUCAGUAGUUUUAUUUCUGUUACGUUUUGUUGUGUUCAAUUCGGUUUAAAAACAAUUUGUUUUCUUUUGUUAUGUGUAUCGUUUAUAUCGAAGAAUAUAGUCGCGAGUAAUCAUAAUAAAUGGAAUGAGAUCGAUAAAAUUCGUUUGAAACGAAUUAUUUUUUAUCAGACAAUCGAAACGACAUUGAUUGAGUGUGUAAACGACGGACUGAAUGAAUGACACAGAGUUCGCAAAGUGAAUUGCAGUGCAAUAAAAUCCAUUCUUUUGUCGAGAAACAAACAAAAAAUUCAUUUUUGGACAGUCAAACAAUCAUCUGAAGAGGCAUCCCACGCAAAUCGUAAACACAGAUUAUAACUCCCAUGGACACUUAAGUGGUCUCGAACGAAAAAUUAAACAUAUAAAUUGCGAUCGAAACACUCUAUUCCGCAUACAUCGAAGAGAGUUUAAUUUGAUUGGCGAGCGCACGAUAUACGAAUGUGUAUGCAUAACAUACACGACCGUAGACGUCAAAACAUGAGAAAUAUUCGAUCGUUCAUUGAACCGCCAUACGGUUGCAAUUUGAGUCAAUUAAUGCAAAUUCUACUGUGCAUCGUACUCGAAAUCUUUACCUAUUGCUCAUUGUUUGUCGUCUACGUGAAGUGUUGCUACUAACUUUGGCUCACCUUCAAUAGAAUUAUGGCAUUUGAUACUUACACACACAUAUAUGCGACGACUUCAAAACGACUUUAACAAUAUAUUGUUUUCAAUAUGAAAAUAAACCGAACUCAAUCAAUAAUACACUUCAACGCGAAACAAACGACAUGGAAAAUGUAUGGAAAAGCGUCUUUGCAAAUAUUAGGCACCUUUGACUCGGAUUAGUGGCAAAACACAACAUCAACCUAAGCGAAAAAAAAAGCACUAUCACAUUUCAUGGAAUAUUUGCUUAAUCCAAGCAAACCCCACACAACAAAUGCCAACCAGAAAUUUGCACUCAACCAGGGGCUAUAAACAAUCAACAGCCACUGUUUUUUUUUUGACGAAUUUCAUAUGUCAAACCGAUGCAAUUUUUUUUCUGUAAAAUUACUGCGCCGUAUAUUUAACGUCAUAUGCAAACGUGUGGUUGUGUUUGUGUACAUCGGUUCUUUCCGAUCAAUCGCCGUAAGUUCUACCGAUGCGCAAACAGAGUAAAAAAUGCUGAGUCAACGUUGAAUCGAAAACAACGAUACAAAAACAACACAGAAUAAAUAAUUGGCGAGUAUAAACAGAAAGUCGAAACGAUCCGAAAAAAGCGGAAAAUUAACGAGAAAAUGAACAAAUUAAAAUCGAUGAAGUACAAACCAGACGAUGGUGUUCACAAUGACUUCAGUCUAUUCGAUAAAAUAUCAAAACGUUAUUCGAAUGUUCGAUUUUUACGGAAAUCGGCAAAUCGAAAAGAUCCCCCAAUCCAAAUAACUGGAAGCUAUGACAUGAAUGGUCGCAAUUCAGACGAUCACAAACUUGAAAUUGGCGCACCAAUUUUAAUUUCGAAAACAACAAUCGACACCGAUUCCAUCAUCGAUACAACACUCUUUCGGCACAGUGAUUGCAGUCAAUUGCAACGCAAUUCAGAUCAAUCGGAUAGUUAUCAUGAUGCAAAUAGUUCAUUGGAUACGCAACAAUCGAGUUUUCAUUCAUCCGCAUCGAGCAACGAAGAAAGAAUCGUCGAAAGUGCAUAUGCCAAAAUAAAACCACUGCCAAUCAUCGCCACCACCAUUGCCACAACUGGUGAAGUUAAUAACAAUGGAAAUUUCAUUGGGAAUCGUUCAAAAUCAGCGACCAAUUUACAUAAAACCGAAUUAAGCGUAUAUUUACAGCGUUCACCCAGCAUGGAAAUAACGAAUCAAUUCAUUGAACCGGUGGUGACAGUGAAAAAUAAUUACAAUAAUGUUUACAAUGGUUUUCGUAUCGGAUCGAAGCAAAGCAUCGAAAGUGAUAGUAGUUUUCAUAAUAGCCGUAAUAGUAUCACUGUUAAUGGUUCGGUUAUCGAUGAGGAAGCGCUUGAUUUUGAUAUGAAAUCGGCAUCAUUUCAAAGUCUUGAUGCACGUAAUAUAUUCUUAUCGAUUGAAGAAUUGAACGAAAUCACGCGUCAGAUUAACGAAUCCGAUGAAUUUCGUUCGAUGGUCGACGGUGAUCAUCAUCAAUUGGAAUAUCAAAUUCAUCGGGAAAAUUUGAAGCCAUGCGAACGACGCGUUACAUUGUUACGAAAUAGAAAUCAACGAUUUUUAAAUAUCACACCGAAACGUGAUAAAUUGACAAAUGCAUGGAGCGGCUUCAAGAAUUGGAUUGGCGAAGAAAAGGGGAAAAUUAAGGAAGUGGUCAACAAGCAUUCAGCUAUGCAACGUGUUGGCGCCAAUUCAAAAUCCACAAAUGGUGAAACCACUGCCGUCGAUGGUGUAACUGUUGUAAAUGGCACCGCUUUACAAAUCACUCAAAAUGUCACGGAAACAAAUAAUGAACAACACCAAAACCGAUUCAAUGGCGGUGACAACGAACAACACCAACAAUAUCGUAUCAACGGAUCGGAAAGCAAUGAUUUCAAUUCAUUGAAUAGAAAAACUUUACAUGAAAUAGAGGGUCAAAAUGGUUUCGAAGAGCUACGACGGUAUGUGAAGCAAGGCAGUGACUUCGGCAAAGAUUUGGUUGCGGUUCUACAAGAACGAGUUGAAUCAGAACAACUGUAUGCAAAAUCACUGUCGAAAAUGGCAUCAAAAUUGAAUAAAGCUUGCCGAGAGGUGCCCGGUACAUUGGCGGAGGCAUGGCGCAAUGUCGCCGCUGAAAUGGAAAGUCGAAGUGAAGUGCAUCGUCAAUUUUCCACCACAAUGACUGAAGAAAUCGUCAAACCAUUGAAGCAAUUACUGGAUAAUCAACAUAAAAUGAGAAAAUCGAUCGACGGUAAUGUUGACAAGUCAGCACGAGUAUUGGCCGAAUGGCGAACGAGUGAGGCAAAAGCCAAAAAGUCAUCGCAUUCAGCGGCUCGUGAAAAUGAAAAACUACAAGAUGCAAUGCUUGAUGUACGAAUUCAACGUUCACCAUCGAUAGCUCAUCAAAAUUCGUCCGCUGUGUCAAUCAUAAAUAAUAAUACAAAUAGUUUAAACAGCAAUAAAGAUGGUAGCACCGGUACUGGUUUGCUUGGUUUACACAAAGCGGCUACCGUCGACAAGGAAAUUAAAAAUGCAGAAAAAGAUUGCGCAAAAUUGGAUAAUAAACGACGCAAAGCUGAAGAAUCAGUGAAACGAGCCGAUGUUGAAUAUUAUACACUUUGCAUUCGUGCCGAACGUGCUCGCAUCGAUUGGGAAAUUUCUGUCCUUCGUGGAUCGACCGUUUUUCAAAGCCACGAACAUCAACGAUUACAAAGUUUAAAAGCCUAUUUAACCACUUAUCUGAAACUAUCGAAUGAUAUGAAUCCAAAUUUUACGGCAAUUGUUGAACGGCUCACGCCACAUGUUAAUGCAUGCAAUGUGCAAAAAGAUUUGUCUGUUAUCAAAAAUAUACGGCGCGUGUCAGAGGGUCCGAGCGAACAAUUAUUGCCGGAUUUCUAUUGUGAGCACACAACACUCGCCAUGAAUCGCGAUCGAAGAAAGCAUGCAUUGGUAAAACUAUUGCAAUUGGUCCGCACCGAUUUGGAUCGUGAACGCAAAUCACGCAGCGGCCUCAAGGGAUUAUCACAAUCGCUCAACUCACAAGAAAACCAAAGUGUCACCGAUAAAUUAUAUCAUAUUCGAUCGAUGCUGACCUAUUUGGAAGGUGCUCGCUUCAAAUUACAAUCGGCUCUGUUGGAAUUGGAUCAUAAACCUCGUGGAUCACAUCCUCUAGGGCCACAUAUUCAAAUUACACGCGAUCGCACUGGCCUACAGCAAAGCAUACUUAAAGUACCGCUCUGGCUAAAAAAUGAUGAAGAAAAACCAAAUACAGAUUCUGAGGCCAUUAACAGUAAUGAUGAUGACGCAGCAUCAACAGUUGACAGCAAAAAUGAGGUGCUUAUUAAAAACUUUGAUCGAAACUUUGGCCGAAGCAAAUCGUCCAUUGAAUACCCCGUCGGAAUAACAACGGGCGCUGGCACUGCUAGUACGAUCAUUGUUGAUUCUCGUAAUUUAGAGAAUAUAGACUUUGAUCGUGGAAUUGCCGAUGGUGGUUCUAAUCAACAUGACUCUGAUUUUGAUGAAUUUUCUUCACAAGAUGAAGAAGAUGAAAUCAGUAGCCGAAAUUCGGUUCAAGGAACGACGUAUCGGCGACCAACACCAAAUCCAUCGACGCCAAAAAUCAUAAGCCACUGCAAAGCAAUUUAUGCCUACUCACCAAAAUUAGACGAUGAGUUGGAAAUUAAUCCAGGUGAUCUGAUUGAUGUUCAUAUUAAACAAGAAGAUGGAUGGUGGGUCGGUGCAAUAAAAGACCGUGUUGGAAUCUUUCCUGCCACUUAUGUUGAAGAGCUCGUUUAAUAGUGUUAACAGAAAUCGCAAUAUUCACGAACGCCUUUCCCGUAUUUCAUUAUCAUGAUGCGUUUCUUUAACUAUUAUUUUAUUUGUUGGUCUUCCACUGUUGUAAUUAUAUAUGAUUUAAUUAUUAUUAUGCAAAAGAUAUUGUAUUAUUAUUACGUAAAUUGUAUUUAAAGGAUUUAUUCUCCUCAUUUUUGACUAAUUUAUAUUGUACGAAUUCGAUUAAACCAAAAAAGCAAUAAACGAUAAUAUUACUAUCGAAUUUUCAACACAAUUUUAACUCGAUAUUUUACUGUAUUAACAAUUAAACUAAAUGAACAUGUUUUUUAUGUUUAAUUUAAUUGUAACUUUUGCUGAAUAAAAAAAGAAACAGGAAAACAUAGUUUUAAAAGAAAAAUAAAUAACGACACUUUUAUUCACAAUUUAUAAUAAAAAAAAUCCCAGCGCAAUUACGAUGUUAAUUAGACGAUUAAAGAAAAUUUCGGAAAAAA